CUACCGAUCGCUCACCGCAGCUCUCUGACUCGAGCUAGUUCGAAUAGGGGGGUUUCGAAUUGACCACGUCGACCACGUCUUCUCCGACAUUCCGGUCCGUUUCCUGUAUAUAAAUUGUUUUGAUUUUUGUGUAGUCACCACGACGUAAACACGACGUAAAUACGGAUCACCUUGUCACGGAUAAGAACAUCUUCCGGACCUUUUAUUUUAGUUCCAAAGCUAAGAUUAGUUUACAACAAUGUUCGAGUGGACAUAUGAUGGUGUAAAUAGCUCUAUACCACGCAAUGUUGGUCCAGAAUGUGCAAACUACCUGACACUGAAGCGAAGAUUAAUAGAGACGCUAUUUAUAUCUAUAUUUAUCAUAUCCUGCAUCAUAUGGGGCCUGAAACGAGUGACUUUGCCAAAGAACUUGGCCUAUGUCAAUCAGGACCAUGUCGGUAGAAGAGUUUUGUUAAUCAUGAUGUCUCUAGUCCUGGGAAUGGAGAUUGGUUUUAAAUUCACUAGCAGGACUGUUAUAUAUUUAUUGAAUCCAUGCCAUAUCACAACGGCGAUACAGUUGUAUUUGCUGGCGGCAGCUCCUAGUCCGACAGUAACUGCUGUCUUCAGGAUACACUUGAAUUUACUGAACGGACCAGUAUUGGCAUACCUAUUUCCAGAAACAGAGUCUAGAAUUAUAUUUGCAGAUAGAGCAAUGUAUUAUAUUCAGCAUGGUUUGAUGCUAGUAAUACCAUACUACUUAUUAAGGCUCGGAGGAGUAUAUAACAUUGAACCCCUAUCUGAUAUGAGCUGGUCAGUCCUUGGUUUUGGCCUCAAUGUAGGAUAUCACUUUUGGAUUCUUCAAAGUGUUGCAUUGCCUGUACAAGUGAAUCUUAGUCAUAUGUUAUGCGCAGCCAUUUUGGAUCCAUUUGAAGGCCAAAAUUAUCGAAUAUGGGCAGUGACCCACCAGUCAAUAUUAUGCCCUACUCUGUGCAAGCUGUUUUGUUAUGGAUCUAACUUCUUCUUAACCAAAUUUCCGCCGACCAGAGUUAAACCAACACUGGAAUGCACGAUUCCAAAGAAUAAUUGUACAUAUGAGCAGAACGAAAAAGUACACGAAGACUCCAACACUUCAGGGAACGGCCAUACGCAUUUUGAUUAGUUUGGUAGAAAGAGAAUCGUCGCAUACCAAAUGUACGAAACACUUCCUUUGAACUAACGUAUUUAUAAUUGUAUCUAUUGUGACACCCUUCGAACAUCGUCUACAGGGUCAGUACGAAUAAACCCCUCUCCGAAAAAAUAAAACCAAAGAUAUCGGGCGAUAGGAAAAAUGAACUUCUACAUACUUAAUAUUUAAUUAAUACAUUAACGAGAAGAAUAUAAAGAAUAUUAAUAUACAAACAAUACUAAACACAUUCCCAUUUAGAACAAUAUUUUGUUGCUGUUAAAAUCAAAAAACUUACACAACAUGUACAAACGAGAUAUCGAAUAAGUAACAUGAUCUUUAGUACAAUUGUUGUGAUCGUAUUAGUUUUAAUUCGUUAAUCCGUGAUACCAAUCGAUAAAUAGUCAAUUCGAGAUAUGAAUUUCUGUCCAAAUGCUUGUCAUGCCUAGCGCUGUGCAUAGAUUAAGGGUCUCAGUAAUAGUGUGAGGCUUAAGCUGACGUCCAACAACAGUGGCUAAUUAGCCAACCCUAAAAAUAAUCGCACUAUCUUCUACUAGGUAAAAACGCAAUGUAAACAGACCAUCUCGUGCAUUUUUAUAUUCAUUUUUACUCAUGCAGUAGGAGCAAAAGCAUUCAAAUAACGAAACUGCAAUGUAUUUUACACAGUUUGGAAAUCAACUACAUCGUUAGACCUUUGCCUAUAUAUCUUGUAUAACGAAUAGGAAACGGAAGUCCGUUGGGUUUCACAAUGAGUAUUCUCAAUCAGGCAACUCGAGAUGCUAUAAUAUAUGCCAAGACCAUAAUUUCCAUGCUUGCCCGCUUGGAAUUUGUGAAACUUUGCGAGCCCUCGCAGCCUAAUAAUAAUAAAUAUAACAAAGUAUAAGAGAACAUUUCGACAACGGAAAGCAUCUUCUAAAUCUAAUUGAUAGUAGUAGCGACUGUAAAGCUGACGUAACAUCAGAUACUUUCAGUUUAAUGAACUCACAACUCCCUCCCCCCCCCCCCUCUCUCUCUCUUUCUCCCGCCCUACUUACAAAACUGGUCAUGUAUAUGAAGAUAUUUUUAUAUGACAGUUCCUAUAAGAUUUAACUCUUUGCUGAACAAGUUUUUGCGACGAGGAAUAUUAGAGACAUUCAUAGUUGUGCCGCAUGUAACCGUCAUGAAAGAAUAGGAUGUGUACUCAUUGUACUUGGCGUUUUCAUCUGGAAAAAUUGAAACGACUAUCUAUUAUAUAAUAACGUUUUUGCAUAAUUGAUCCAUUAUUCAUUUUGUCUCUCCCUUUUUUUUUUUAACUGGUCUUUCGUAUAAAGAUGUUUGUAAACAUUACCGCUGGAUAGUAAAAUAAGUCGGCCUAUAUUGUUUGCAUAGAAUUAGUACCAGAAACAAAAUUUGCUAAUUUUUUUCGAGAUGAGAAUAGCCUGAUAACGCAAAAUUUAUGUUACUAAUAUGGAUAAUGGUAAUGAUGAUGAUGAUAAUAAUAGCGUUAAAGUGACACUAGUAUCGACUUAACUUAUAGAACUGCACGAAGAAAAUUAACUUAACGAUCUUGUAAUAUAAAUAUAUAAGAAUUCGAUUCUCUCUAGGAACUUUUAUAGAGAUAACAUUGGGUGAGAUACACCACAAGUGACAUAUUAAUCCUUGAACUAAAAAUAGCAUGAUCCUAAUUUUUGCACGAGAAUGUUCCAGUUCUUGCAUUAGACGUAUAUACUAGUGUUUCGCGAAUUAAACUAGUAACAAGUAAGAUUGUCUUUGGCAUGGUACUAUAAAAAAUAUAUAUAUAUGCUCUUAAUUAAAAUAUUUUUUAUUAAAAUGGCCUAAAAAUGAAUAUACAGUCGUCUCAAAGAGACGGCGGCAACGAGAGGAUCAGUAUUUAAGCUAACGCGAAUGACCGGGUUGUCGCGAGUGUUGUAAUGCAAAAUAUACGAAUGCGUACGUAGACAAAUUGCACAGAAUAUCCAAAAGCAAUAUAAUAAAUUACUUUUAUCUAAUGAUAAGUAGGUUUUCCCUAUUAUUAACUUUCCAAGAUAGUCAAGUUAUCGUGUGCGUUUUUUACCAUUACCAAAGAGCUCCAAUAAAGAAUACUUUUUUUUUAAUUUCGUGAAAUAUAUAAAAUUAAAUCUAACUGAUAGGAAAACAAAUCUGCAUUAUCUGCACCAUGAAAAGUGAAUGAAAUUAUGAUAAUGAAAAAACUUCAGCCACAGAGAGAGAAAGAGAGAGAGAGAGAGAGAGAGACGACUAAGCGUCUCUUGAUUAAUGCUUUAUCAUGGUGCAAUCUUAUUAUUUAUUUGGUUCUUUUACAGUUUAUUAUCUUUAUGCUUAAUUUUUUAUUUAAUAUAUACGUGUCCAGUACUAUUGUAAAAUUCGCCUAACUAGAUAAUUAAUGGAUUAUUUAUGCGACAAGAAAGUGAGUUGUUCCCCACUAUCGGGAUAUACCUCAUUUAUACAACUCUGAACAUAUGAUUAUUUCGUAUACGAUAUAAGUGUAGCAGAGGAUAUAAGUCGAAGAAAGUUAUAUAAUGUAGAAUAGCGAUAUAUUCAGGUGUUUCACCAAAGAUGUUACCAAAGAUUUAAUUUAAUUUUACAGAAGACGGGUCAAAUAAAUAUAAUAUUUUCAUGAUGUCACUAAUGACAAUUAUAUUGACAGAUAUUAGGUAUGAUUUAGAAACAGUAGUCACAAUACAUAUAUGGAAAGGUGUUGCGAUUAUAUAGAUAUCUCUUUACUUAAACGAAUUCCUAAUUUAAGUAGCAGUUGUAUAAUAUCCUUUAAGGGUCAAAUAUUUUCUUAAUGAGCGAUCUACGCUACGAUAAAAUAAGUUUGCAGUUUCGUUGUUUGUAUAUUUAAAGAAUAAUCAUAUAAUGGUAACAAUAUAUGUAAAAUGUAAUGUACACACACACACACACACACACACACACACACACACACACACACACACACACACACACACACAAAUACACGAUAUACACACAUACUACAAGCCUACUGACAAUUCCUCAAAAUAUUUAUCUGUUGUUAUUGUUUAGAAUAAGGCGCGUUACAUUAAUUUGUUCUCUUUAAUUCCUACGUUCCUACAAAUCUAUGGAUAAAGCGAAACAUAACGAUACACUAGAUAGGCGAUCAGCGAAAUUGAUAUAUUUUCCUUUUGUAGAAUCUUCCGAAUAUAUAUCCCCAUAACAUGUAAAUACAUUUCGUAGAAUUAAUAAGAAAAAAAGAGAAAAAGCUGCUAGAGAAAAGUUCCUGUUUUAAUAUUAUCAUAUUAUUAGAAUUCUUUAUCACUAAUAUUCCUUGAAUCAACGAAUCUUUUCUGCGUAGAUUUCGAAGUAGGAAACGAGUGCGCGUACUUACACCUUGUACCAUGUAAUUCAUGCGCAUUUAGAUUGUGUUCUUGCGAUUGACUGCGGAUAAAUUUCCCGUCAGUUUCAGCCUCAUUUGUGAUUAUAUCGACAUUGUAUGAGUAUCUGGCAAAGACGUAUCGCAUGAUCGAUGUAUGAUCUGUUCGUAAUUUGAUAUGUCGUGAACUUCAUUGCCUUUAUACGCGCUGUACUAAAAUAAAAGGGGGCAAGUAUGUUACUUCUCGUUCUCAAUGUAUAACAUACGACAUAUGUAAAUAGUGUCAGUAGGAUCGAGUAUGUGGAAUGAUGCUUCGUAUUGCACUUUAUGUUUACAUUGAUGAAUUGAUUAUAAUUAGGUAGAAAUACGCACAUCUGCGCGACGUGUGAGUAGCGGGAUAAAUUAUCAUAUAGAUUUAACGUAAUUUCUCAAUUGGGUUCGUGGUGAGAAAAAUAUUUAUUACGUAAUCGUACGACUAUUUAAUUCUCAACCACGAAGCGAUUGAAAAGAAAUAAUAUGUAGAAUAACUCUUCGUUGUAUCAGUGUUGGCUGUUUGCGCACAGCCUAUGCAUAAUAUAUCUAAACUAUCACUUUAUACUAUGUACAGGAUGUUUCGUCGUUGUUCUUCGAACAUUCGUUAUGAAUUAAAAUAUUCGAAAUUUUAUAUGAUUACACACGAUUAACGAGUGAGAAGCUCAAGUGAUUAUAUUUUAUUUAUUUUUGUAUUUGUAUUAUAUUUUGUAUUUAUUAUCAAUUAGAUUAGGUCGAUUAUUUCAGUUCCUUGAUUGUUUAAUGAAGAAUGAAAUAGGAUAUCAUUCAAAAGCCAGAAACACACAUACACGCAUGUUACUAGUGAGACGUCCUGUAUAUAAUUAUAAACUAGGCGAACGAAUAACAUGGAGUCGCUGCUUCUUAUUGUUCGUCGACUUAGAUCACGCGUAUCAGGUAAUGAAAUUAUAUAUUGUAUAUUUUCUGCAUAAACGCCCAACACUGGCUGAUAUAUAUUUUUGUGGAACUUUAUAUGAAUUUGUACAGUGAGAGUGUUAGUAUUGUCGUGUCACUAUAUGUUUCUCGUCACUGUACAGUAUUACUUUUGCCAAAUACGAUUGCGCUUAUCUAAAGAGAUAAGGGCAUUAUUGGGUGUAACACUUACAUUCGCACUCUGGUAAUUUGUGUGUUCUUUUCUAUUCGGGGAAAAGCGUUUCUCUUCGCUCGAACAGAAUCGACAGGUGAGAGAGGGUGGUGACUUCAACACGUUCAAUAUUGAUACGGGAUACAAAUAAGAGCAAGCAUUUGGUUUCAGUGCCAUGACAAUUUCUCAAGUCCGAUGAUGCCGGAACCUGAGAGAUGAGUUUGAUGGACGUAACGUAAUAGUUACUGUCAUUAGCGUUCGAAUUGUGAAAACAUUGUAAGACUUUGGAUAAAAUGAAUAAAGGAAUCGUUCGGAUCGAACUACAA